AUGGGUCUGUCUGGGAACAGAGUAGAGGAGAGAGUUAUGGGUCUGUCUGGGAACAGAGUAGAGGAGAGAGCUAUGGGUCUGUCUGGGAACAGAGUGGAGGAGAGAGCUAUGGGUCUGUCUGGGAACAGAGUGGAGGAGAGAGCUAUGGGUCUGUCUGGGAACAGAGUGGAGGAGAGAGCUAUGGGUCUGUCUGGGAACAGAGUAGAGGAGAGAGUUAUGGGUCUGUCUGGGAACAGAGGGGAGUAG